CCGUAUAGGUAGCUAUAAAGGACUCCAGCACAAAAACACUUCUGGGAAGUGUCCCUUCAUAGAAGAGCUUCUCACAAGGCAAACAAACCCUGUUAUUAAAUAAGGAAAUCCUGCAAGUGAGCGCUCAGAAAGGGUGAAGAUGACCUCCACAGCAGAUCGACUGGCCCAGCAGCAGCAAAGGGUGGAAGGCAUCGGCACCAACCAGAAGGCAGUGAAGUUUUGCGAUCAGGAUUAUGAGGCCCUGCGGCAGCAGUGUCUGAGCAGGGGACGCCUGUUUGAGGAUGGCAGCUUUGGUGCCGAGAGCAAGUCACUAGGCUACAAUGAGCUGGGGCCGUACUCAUCCAAGACGAGAGGCAUUGUUUGGAAGAGGCCAACGGAGCUGUGUUCAAACCCAAAGUUCAUUGACGAUGGCGCCACAAGGACGGAUAUUUGUCAGGGAGCAUUAGGGGAUUGCUGGCUUCUGGCUGCCAUUGCUUCUCUAACUCUGGACCAGCGAAUCCUAGGACGGGUGGUGCCCACUGAACAGAGCUUCACUGAGGAUUAUGCAGGGAUAUUUCACUUUCAGUUUUGGCAGUAUGGUGAGUGGGUGGAUGUCGUAAUAGAUGAUCGUUUACCCACCAGAGAUGGGAAGCUUCUGUUUGUUCACUCAGCAGAGGGCUCAGAGUUCUGGAGCGCUCUCCUGGAGAAAGCUUACGCAAAGGUGAAUGGCUGCUACGAAGCUCUGUCUGGAGGAAACACCAUCGAGGGCUUUGAGGAUUUCACAGGAGGGAUUGCUGAGAUUUACACCUUGAGCAAAGCUCCACCAAAACUCUUCCAAAUCAUGCGGAAAGCCCUGAGUCUGGGUUCACUCCUGGGCUGCUCUAUUGAUAUUACCAGCGCCAGUGAGACAGAGGCAGUAACCGCUCUGAAGCUUGUGAAAGGACAUGCAUACUCUGUUACUGGUGCAGAAGAGGUCAGCUACCGAGGCAGGGAAGUUCAACUGGUCCGUGUCAGAAACCCAUGGGGAGAAGUGGAAUGGACAGGUCCUUGGAGUGACGGAUCCUAUGAGUGGAAGUAUGUCAGUGAGGCUGACAAAUCAAAGUUGGACCAUGUGGCAGAAGAUGGAGAGUUCUGGAUGUCCUACUCAGACUUCAUCACGCACUUCUCCAAGCUGGAGAUCUGCAACUUGACCCCAGAUACGCUGGAAAGCGAUGAGGUUGGCCACUGGAACAACUACCAGUUCGAAGGGAUGUGGAGGGUGGGAUCCACCGCUGGCGGCUGCAGAAACAAUGAAGCCACGUUCUGCUCCAACCCUCAGUUCGUCAUGCGUCUGGAGGAUGUGGAUGACCACCCUCUGGAUGGGAAGCACGGAUGCACCUUCCUGGUGGGGUUGAUGCAAAAGGAUGGACGGCAGAAGAGGAGGCUUAAUUGCGAACUGGAGACCAUCGGCUUCGCCAUUUACAAGGUUCCAGAUCAGUACAAAGGCCGCGGCAACGUUCGCCUCGGCCCAGAUGUGUUGCUGCGUCAGAAAGCCGUGGCGAUGAGCAGCACCUUCAUCAACACCCGCGAAGUGUGCGAACGCUUCAGACUUCCCCCUGGAGAAUACGCCAUCAUUCCCUCAACCUUUCACCCUCACAAGAAUGGCAAAUUUGUUCUCAGGGUAUUCUCAGAGAAAGAGGCCAAUACCAGGCGGCUGGAGGAGAAGAUUGAUGCUAAAAUCAAAGAGAAGCAGGUGUCUGAAAGUGACAUUGAUCCUCACUUCAAGAAAAUCUUUAAGGAAAUUGCUGGCACUGACAUGGAGGUAUCUGCCUUUGAGUUAGUUGAAAUUCUGAACAACAUUGUCUCUAACAGCUUUGACAUCAAGACAGACGGAUUCAGCCUCGAGACGGCGCGUCUCAUAGUCGGUCUGCUGGAUAAAGAUGAAAAUGCCAAGUUGGGGCUAAAGGAAUUCCAUGUUCUCUGGAACAAACUUCAGAAAUACCUGGAAAUCUUCAAGAGUCACGACACAGACAACUCGGGUACGAUGAGCUCCCUCGAAAUGAGAGCCGCCGCUACUAAAGCAGGUUUCCAGGUGAACAGCGCUGUGCUGCAGGCCAUCGUCAAUCGCUAUGCGGAUGCUCAGUUUGCAAUCGACUUUGACAGCUUUGUGAGCUGUCUCAUUAAGCUGGAAAUGCUCUUCAAAAUGUUUAAGGCCCUGGAGAAAGGAGACUCAGGGAAGAUUGAGCUGAACAUACAACAGUGGAUGUGCCUGGCAAUGUAUUAGCUCAGAGGAUAAGCACAAGAAAUAUUCAACAACAAGGAAGAGAAGAAUUUGAAAAGAAAAUGAAUUUAUCUAAUCCAUUUUUUUUGCGCUAUAGAUUCCACUCAAUAAAGAAAAAAUAAAAAU